UUACAGUAUGUUAAUUGGAGCGUCAGACUCAGGACUCAAAUCAUUUCAAGAUUGUAUGGGCUCAAGGCAGAUGCCGGCUCGGAUAUCUUCCGUGCUAUCAUCUACAUCCAGCUUCGCCGAACGAAUUCGUCAUUCUUCAACCUAGAAUGCCUAUAAAAUCCUAACUCACCACCAUAGAGACCUUGUCAAACCAUGCCCUCUCCAAAUCGUGUUUGGUUCAUUACCGGGACCUCUUCAGGCCUCGGCAAAGCUCUCACUGAUCUUCUUCUCGCCAAUGGAGAACGCGUUGUAGCCACUUGUCGUAACCUUACGACUCAUGAUGAACUUUCUACUCGUUACAAAGAUCAACUUCUUGCCUACAAGCUGGAUGUCACGAAGGAAGAUGAAAUCAAGUCCGCUUUUGCUGCUGGCAUCAAGAGGUUCGGUCGAAUUGACGUUGUAGUCAAUAACGCUGGGAUCGGACUCUUUGGCGAGAUAGAGGCAGUUCCGGAAGAAGACGCCAGGCAUAUAAUGGAGCUGCAGUAUUGGGGGCCAGUUCAUGUUAUGAAGGAGGCCGCUCGCAUCUUUCGCGAGGUCAAUCCUGCAGGAGCCGGCGGACGUCUCUUCAACGUCAGCACAGUCGGUGGUUAUCGAGCUAAUCCAACCCUUUCCUAUUAUUCCGCGAGUAAAUUUGCUCUGGAGGCAUCCACACAGUCUUUCCUUCAAGAGAUGCACCCUUCUUGGAACAUCAAAGGCUGCAUCCUCGAACCGGGAGGCUUCCGCUCAGAAUGGAGUGCCGGCCACAACUCCAAAACCAUUCCUCCGCAUCCUGCGUAUACGGAUCCUUCUAGCCCGAGUUCUAUGUUUAGACAAUUUCGCGACCAAAUUCCUCGUCUCGGUGACCCAGUCAAGAUGGCUAAAGCAGUCAUCCGACUCGCUGACCUUUCCGUUGGUGUACGCUCGGAGCUUCCGGGCCUAUGGAUUGGUGAAGGAGUAGAGAAGGUCGUUGCAGAACAUAGCAGUGCUCUACCGAGUUCACCCAUUGAGCUACCUCUCAGGGUUCAAUUGGGCUCUGAGUCGUUGUUCCUUGUGAGGAUGCAGGCACAAAAUACGCUGGAUGACGCGAAAAAGUGGGAGUGGGUUAGCCAUUCGACUAAUGCGGAUGAUAUGGAUGGAGAAAGCUUCGUGAAGAAAUAUCUAAUGGGCUCUCGUGGAUUUGAUGAUGUUGAUAAAGCAUUGUCGAAGUAGUACAUUACGACGCGCUAGUCACAACCCAGAUAUGAUCUCAUAUCGGACGACAGUGUUUUAAAAUUGAAAUAUUUUUCUGCUCAGAAUCCUGAUAGAAAUUAUACUAAGAACCCUUCUCUCAUUUCCCUCUUCAAAAACCUUAUUAGUGAGGCCGCGCCUUCAAGCUUCAGGCCU